AUGUCGGAACCCGCGCUCCCGACCACCCGCUCAUCAUGUCUCCGCCUCUUCGAUGUCCGCCUCUUCGAUGUCCGCCUCUUCCAUCUCCGCCUCUUCCAUCUCCGCAUCCCAGCCGCUGCCAGCAUCGUAGGCUUCAUAGCCGCAGCCCUCACUACCGCUGGCAUUGUCUUCACCGUCCUCACUGCCGCUGGCACCGUCUUCAUCGUCAUUUUCAUUGACGAGGUCGCUAAGCCACUGCUGUUGAGCAGGCAGCUCCACGCAGUGUACUUCGACUGA